AUGGCAAUCAUUGACGUCCUGACUGCCAUUGCCACUGCCGGAACGACCAUCCAGUCAUUCUUCGCAUGGUCUGGCUACAAUCGCGACAACUUCGGUCAAGGAGUGGGAUGGCGCCAAGCCCAUCAGUACCAGAAGAAAAACUACUACGCGAAUUGGGUGGCGUCUGCUCGAGAGGAUCUUCUGCAGCUCAAGGGAGCAUCGAUGCAUCACAUCGGGAACUACAUGAUGGUGGCGACGACGAUGCUGAGCUCAACUGUACUUGCCUUUGCAGUUUCUGGCUUCGACGAGGCUUGCCCCGCCUUUGUCGUCUACAGCUUCUACACCAGCGCCGCUUCGGCGGUGGUCUGCCUGAUGUUAGCGGUGGCUUUCGGAAUCAAGGCGCAAGGAUCCGCCUAUGAGAGCACGGCCUUGCUGCUCACCGAGAAGCUUCGGCCCUUCAAUCCUGACGAGGCCCACAACUACUUAGAGCAGGCGCAGCGCAUUGAGAGGUUAGGCUUGGGAAGCCUCUUGCGAGUGCCGGGGCAAGCGGAAGACUACAGUGCGAAGCCCAGAAGCCCAGAUGAUCCGGAGUUGGAGUCAAAGCCAGAAUUUUCGGCAGUGGCAGUGGCUGAAAACUUGUCGGAGCCUUGCACCUCCAACGAGCAUCUUGGUGAUGGGUGCGAGUUUCCCGACGUGCUGAAGCCGGAUCAAGAGCUUCAGACUUGUGACACAGAGGAAUCCUCUGGGCUGGAGAACUUGACAAGCCGCAGGGAUGUGGAGUAUCUCAAGAAUUUUCAUGAAUUCAUCUUACUGUGGAAGCCCCAUGAAGAUUUCUGCAAGAUCUGCAUGGGCCUUGGCACCAUCUCCUUUGCGGAGGCCUCUGCGGCGUUCACCGUGGGAAAAGUUCUGGGGCACACGUCCUACUUCAUGGAGCAGCUGCUUGCAGCGACGGUGGCGCUAGCGUUUCUUUUCAUUAUGAUCAAUGUCUUCCUGGCCUAUGGGCAUGGCACUUCGAAGCUCUGUCCUUUGCUUCUGGCCACCAGCGACAUUUGUGCCACAAUUGCUGGCAGCUUUGCCGAUCCCAGGGCAAAUGCAGCAUUGGUGCCAGGGUCAUUCUUGCUCCGCCUUGGGUUCUGGGUUACCAUCGCAGUUGCAAUUUGCAAGCAUAGCCAGUGCAGAGAGACUUCGGCGCUCGCGGCGAAAACACCACUGGACAAGAAUGUGGAGGAAGAAUUCACAAGCACAGAAGACAUGGAAGCGUUCAAGCAACGAAGCCAGAGAAAGUUUGUUCGAGGACGCAGAGCAGUGCUCCAGGGCCUGUGUGUUUGCAUGUGUAUGUGGAUCUCCGUGACUGUAUGGGCGACAGUGCAUUACACCGUUCAGCUUUUUCUCGAGGAGUCACAUAGAGCAAGCGUUGCAGCUCUGGAAGUGGAGUUUCCACCACUCUUCACUCCACACAGUCUUGCCUGCGCUGAUGGACACAUCUUUGUAGCAGACCGAUAUAGCAUCUACGAGAUCUGGCCAACGGCUAGUGGCCGGCCAGCUGUAAAGAGGGAUUGCAAACUGGAUGGCCCCAUCGAAGCCAUCAGUGCCACUUGUGACCUUUCAGGUUGUCAUCCCAUCGUACUCCUAAAUGCACCGUCAGGUUCAAUGGUGACGAAUUGCAGCACGGCGUCCUUGUUACUGGGAGAUGGCCGAGUUGCGCGACAUUUGGCCGCGCCGCUGCAGGCUUCAGAGGGCAAACUGCUUACCACUCACGCGAAGGAGCUGGUCGAGUACGGGCAAAAGGACGAAGGAUGGGGUGCAGAGCGGACCUUGAGCUACAAGUACCCCCAGUCCCAGAGCAUCCGAGGUCUUGCAUGGAAAGGCGAUUCGCCUCUUGUCCUGCGGGUUGAUCCAGACGGUCAUCUAGAUCUAGAGGAGAUGAAGCUGGCCGAGCGACGAAGCAUCUUGUGGCACCUGCCCAUGUCCGUCUCACGCGCUUUGAGUGUCUGUUCUCCAGACGCGGCCUCCGCGCUGCUUCUUGUGCUCAUCGAGGAUCAGCCGCAUCUCGUAGCCGCAAGGCCUAAAUUCAUGUGA